AUGUCGAAAGAUACAGAAUAUACGUGCGUGUCUCCUCUGACACCAAGGAAAACUCCUGACUCUGGCAGACCGCGAGCCUGGCUCGUCAUCUUCGGUGCUUUCACUUGUGCUUUUUGCACUGUCGGCUUUAUGAACUCAUUCGGCAUCUUUCAAGAGUAUUAUGCCAAAAACCAACUCGCCUCAGUCUCGACCUCUACGAUUGCAUGGGUGUGCGCCAUCUCAGUUUUGUUCCUAUUUGGCAUAUCUGUUAUUUCAGGAGGGAUGCUUGAUGUUUUCGGACCGAGGCUCAUGGUCUAUUCCGGGUCAGUGGGCAUGGUCUUCGCGCUCAUGAUGAUCUCUCUAUGCCACGAAUUCUAUCAAUUUCUACUUGCACAGGGUGUUCUGCUUGGCAUUUCGAUGGCUCUGACGACGUGGCCCAUGCUUGCCCUAGUUGGACAAUACAUCAAGGUGAAGCGUGCCUUCGCGAUGGGAAUCGUUCUUGCGGGCUCUUCAUUGGGAGGAGUGAUCUGGCCCAUUGUGAUCGACAGACUCCUCAAGAAUCCCAAAAUCGGCUUUCCCUGGACCAUGCGAAUUGUGGGCUUUAUCAUGAUCCCACUCUUCACCUUCUCCUGUGUGGCCGCGAAGUCGCCAGAAGCACCCGUUAAAAGCGUGGAAAAUGCUGAUGCCAAAUACGUUGAUACAAGCAACGCAGCUGAUGGAUCAAGGAAGCAACACAAUCAAAGGGCAAAUGCCUUGGAACUAUACCGACAGCCUGCGUUGCAACUGCUUUGCCUUGCGAUGUUCAUCAUCUACUUCGGCAUGUUUGCGCCAUUCUUCUUCACGACGUCCUAUGCGGUCGAGAUGGGAUUUUCCACCACGCUGGCCUUUUAUACUGUCUCCAUCGUGAACGGUGCUUCAUUUUUUGGUCGGAUUCUGCCAGGAAUUGUGGCUGACAGGUACGGAAAAUUCAAUUGCUGUAUCCUGGCAACUAUUUCUGCUGGUAUAAUUGCAUUGUGCUGGACAAAGGUCACAUCGGUGGCUGGCUUGGUCUUGUGGUCCGCUGCAUACGGAUUUGCUUCAGGGGGAAUCCUAUCUCUUCAACAAGCUUGCGCUGCACAGGUCGCUACACCUAGCACUCUUGGCUUGGCCAUUGGUAGUGUAUCCGGCUCUGUUGCUUUGUCUGCGAUGGCAAAUGUGCCUAUCAGCGGCGCUCUCGUUGAGAAAUACGGAUAUCUCUCACUUUCGAUUUUCUCAGGCUUGUCCUUGUUAGUUGGCGGUGUCCUCUUGAUUGCAGCCCGACUAGUGCAAAGCCGAGAGCUUCCUGCGAUAGUAUGA